AUGGCGAUGAUGCGGACCAGGACCAAAAGCCGAGGUAUGUGCCUCUGCCUUCUCGGGAUUGCAUUGGCGCUGCUCGUGCAGCCGAGCACGGACUUUGCUCGAGGAGUUCCUGGGCUGAAGGAGCAUGCAAAACGGCACCCGUUGCAUGCCGGAGUCGCUCGGCGCGCCGGGGCUGCGCAAGAGGACAACAGUGGCCAGGACCGGCUCGAUCUCGAGGAGGUGGUCGCAGAAGCCAAACGGGUUGUGGACAACGGCACGCUGAAAGACAUGCAAGUGGUCAUGCGAAAAGUGCAGCUGACAGAUCCAGGGAAGUGGAAUGAUUUGGCGACUAAGCCUGAGUUAAAGCAGCAGCUAAAGAAGUUUGUGGCAGAGGCAGCCCUAAAGGCCUUGGAAGAGGACCUGCUCGUCGCGCCAGGAGCAAGCGAGCGCCCAGCGGCAGGUUGA